UCGGAUGCUGGUGUGGGAGCCGCCCCCACGGGCCCCUGUGCAAGUGGACGCACCCCAGUGACCGCUGCCUCUACACGGGAGAGAGUCCGUGGGACGUGAAGGGAGACGCCCAGUGCGCUCUGCACUUUCUGCCUUGCACAGCCCCAGUGUGGAGGCACCCUCCCCAGGCCCCCAGGGAGGCCUUCUGUGUAAGUAGAGAGGCAUUAGGGUAGUCUCUGGACUUGGCUCCAUGGGAGAACAUCUGGGAACCUCAGGGACUUUCCCAGUGGUGUUGGUGAACCCCAGGUAAUUUCAUCCUGUGCCCCAGAGAUGCCCAGAAAGAACCUUUGGCUGGAGAAAUGGGAUCCAUUUGUGGCAUCAUAGCUCCAAGGACUUAGGCACUGACCUCCUGAGGGAUUCAGUGUGCCCUCACUUGUCCCCCUCAACAUAAUGGAAAGGAGUGGGGACUCUAUGGGGCCGUGGCCUUUUUUCAUUCCAGUUCUCACUCUGCCCCCAUUAGAAUGUCUCUUCCGAAUGAUAGCCCAGUUGGCUUCAAGCUGGACUUUUGGGGAGACUGGAACUGCUUGUAAGAGCACAGAGUCUAAGGGAUACCAAGACCAGUGAGGCCUCCGAACCAAAGAUCUCUGACCCUGCGAGCUCGACUCUCCAGAAACAGUAUACCAAGUGUCUGGAGGAAGGAAUAGGGGGGAGGGAAGCAUUCUUGAGAACUAGUGUGCCAGGCACUGUGCUAGAUAUGUUUAAACACCUUACAUAAUACUUAACAACAGCUUCGUAAAAUUACCCCAUUUAAACAUUAGGUAUUUGUGACGCACGCAGGCUUUGCCCGAGAUCACAAAUGAAGCCUGUUCUUCACAUUUAAGUCAGAGAAAAGUAUUAAACAGGGAAAGAAGGAAGAGUGGAUGUCUGUUAAUAAGUUGUGUGGACGUGUCAGGCAUGGAGCUUUGGAGUAUGCUCAGAAAGGGAUGCUUAAAGAGAGGAGGACGGUUUAACAGAACAUUCGACCAUUGGAGCAGCUGUCCACUGAAUCCCGGGAUCUCAACUCGUGGCUUCCGUUGCUGGUAGCACUACUGUAAUGGUGUGGUGGUCUUUGUCAGGGGUUGCUUGGGAGAACUCAAGGGGCCACCUUCCCUGCUGCAGGACCUUGGGGGAUGAAGAAAAGGAGACAGUCACUCCCUUGUGGCCCUGUAUGUGCACCAGUAAUCCGCAAACACCCCAGGACACUGCUGAACAGUUCUGUAUGAGAAACAGGAGAGGGGAGAGAGGAUGGAGGCCAAGGAAGGCUCACUGGGAAUCUGUUGUCCAGGAGAGAAAGCCUGAACUUGAUCCAGUAAUGCCCCUUGUCUCACCCCAACACUUUCAUUCCAGCUGAGUCCUAAGGGUAUAACUUAGAGCCCAAAGAUAGAUUCUUGCUUCUUAUCCAAAGAGCGAGUGUGAAGAGGCCAAGCCAUGCAAUUUACCACAGAGCCAUUCUGGACUGUUUCUGUCCAUCUUCAUCCUCUUCUGCACAACCAAACCUAGCAUCCUCCUUUAACAAAACUAUCCUCCUAGAGCUGGGCUCUGACGACAAAGAGCCAAUCAGAGCAUAGGUCCAUCAAAUAUAUAUAUAUAUAUACAUAUAUAUAUAUAUAUAUAUGCAUGCUUGGUCCUGGUUUUCUUUGAAAACAUAUAUACCUACUUCAGAGACCGAGACAAGAGGCUUGCCACAAGUUGAAAGGAAGGCCAGCCUGGGCUAUGAGAGAGACUGUCUCAGAAAAACAGAGCCAAAUGAAGAAACCAGAAAACACUGUGUUUCUGCAAUGGCUGUGGUAAUAUAUGGCUAGUACCCUGGCAUGUGGGAGGUAGAGGUAGGAGAAUCACAAGUUCAAGGCCAGCCUGGGCUGUAUAGAAAGUUCUUGGCAUUGUCCCAAAAACAGAAGAUAAAAAGAAGUGUUUCUUUGGGUGUCUGGGAUUACACAGUGAGAAGAAAGAGGAAGCUACCAAGGAAACCGAAUAACCUAUCUGACCCAUUGUUAGUUGGUCUUUUAUCUUCCUUAAGUACCUGGCUUCUUUAAGGUUCAGAUAGAUGUAGUACUUCAUGCACAGCUCCACAAGCAAAUCUGACAGAGGCGCGUAUUGGUUAUCAUCUGAUAUAAAGUUAUUUAUGAUCCUCUUUCAACUUAAACCCCUCUCAUUAGUUCAGCAGGGAUAUAUAUAUAUUAUAUUAUAUAUAUUAUAGUGAUAUAAAUAAUAUAUAAUAUAUAAAUAAUAUUGUUUUAAGAGAGAAAACCAAGACCAAGCCUGCAAAUAUGGUGGUAUUCGUCCUAAUUCAGACAUAUCUUUUUGUUUAGGCUUGGUUUGUUUUUUUCAAGACAGGGUUUCUCUGUGUGGCCCUGGCUGUCCUGGAACUCGCUCUGUUGACCAGACUGGCCUGAACUCAGAGAUCUGCUUAUCUCUGUCUCCUAAGUGCUGGGCCAAAAGGCAUAUUUCCCGUUGGAGUAUUUUGUUGUUAUUAUUAUUAUUGUUAUUGUUGUUGUUAUUAUAUUAUUUUUUUCAUUGAGGACUCUGAGAACCACACUCCCUGGUAACUUGGGGAAAUCCCUUUAUUGGUCUAAGUUCUCCCCAGAACCUGGAUCCUCGGUUCCACCUCCUGAUGUCUAGCAUUGAGUGAACAUUAAAUUUCGAAACUUGUCAGAACAGUGCCUAAGCAUAGUGUUUCUGGGUGGCCUUAAUCUCAUAAACACUUGAGUGCACACCAAUAGGCAUGUAUGCCUUUCCAGCCUUGGAUCUUCCAUAGAUUCUCUGACCAUGCUGCAGCCAUUUUUUUCUUCCAACACUACCCAUGUAUAUUUUGAAAUGUUUCCUUUUCUUGGGACAUGGAUAAUCAAACCUCCCCACAUGCAUUUUCCAUGGCUCCAUGUUUGCUCCCAUCACACCUGUUCCUAAGUAGAUCAUAUUCACGCUACCGGUCUCCCGUCUCUUCAGCUACAGUACCUGUUGCCUUUCCGCACCACAGGCCUGUCUAGCAAUGCUUCCUCAUUCCCCGGAUUUAGGGAUUCGUAUUUGACGGGGACAUCAUUAUCUACUCCAUCUUUCGGUCUUAACCCCUAAGUUCUGGUUGGAAUCGUUCUACCAGCUUGGGACUAAGACGCAUGGGCUAGUGGUGUCCAGCUGGAGACAGGACUAUUGGCUGCAUUAUAGCAUCGUUCCGUUCUCCACCCACCUCCGAGCAACCCUCUCAGGGGUGGGCACACACUCUAGGUGCUGCUGACCUGCCAGCACUGUGCUCUGUAAGCAGGAGGGGUCUCACCCUCGAGGAGUUUGCACAGAAUCAGUCUGCAUUUCGUCACUCAAUCAAUAUCAAGGGCAGGGAAAGUAUGAGGGGAAGUGCAGUGUGACAGGCUAUCGAUGGUGGUCAGUGGGAGUGUGCCGUUUCCGGUGUCACACACCGACGACUAACUGCUAAGCUAGGCUACUUUCAGGCAGCCACAGUCCAACCCCUGGUAAAGUUACCCUUGCCCAUACGUGCCGAGGAAACUGGUCACAUGCACUCUUGCCUCCCUGUGCAAGUCAUCUACGUGGACAGAGGCAUUAUAUUACGAGUUGCAGAGCCCUUUACAUGUUAUGAUCUCUGACGGAGACUGUUUCCUGUUGCUAUGGUCUUCUCUCUGAGACACUAGUGAGGCCGCAGCCUUGCCCUCUUUUUCUUGUUUCUGUUUGUUCUUCAAGCUUAUGUCUCCCAUAGACAAAGCUCCAGUGAUUAACAGUCUCUUCCUGACAGGCCUUAGGUUGUGGGAGAGUUCCAUGUUGGAGAGCCGUGAAAGGUCAUCUCUGGGAUUUACCAGGAUUGUCUCUGAUCAUCCUGGCCAAACUCCCUUCCCUGCCCCUCACUUCCCUGAAUGCAAAGGAACAUUCUCUUUUAAACAAAUAUUCUAGGCAUACUACAUCAAACCGGCUCUUUGAACUGAUGCUAAUUCAUGUGCGAGUGCAGAUCUCCUUGCCUAUUUCCAUCCAGCACCAGGGCCGGCUUCAUAGCUCUAAGUCAUGGUGGAGUCUCCAUAUAGCUCCAUGCUUGGCAUGUGUUUUUACCUCUUCCUGGAAUGCUUUUUUUUCCCCUCAUCCACUGGGUUAACUCCCACUCAUCUUCAAAAUUUAGCUCAAGCAACACCUUUUUUUUUUAAUCCUACACGUAUGCCCCCUACACAUGCACAUACUCCCUGCAUCCUCACAGGCUGGGACUCCAUUCCUCCAUCCUCCUAACAGCUAUUAGCACUUGAUUUGUGCCUAACACAUAGUAGGCUGCGCGCGCGCACACACACACACACACACACACACACACACACACACAGAGAGAGACAGAGAGAGACAGAGAGAGACAGAGAGAGAUAGAGAGAGACAGAAACAGAGAGAGACAGACAGACAGAGACAGGCAGAGACACAGAGAAACAAAGAGAGAGACAGACAGACAGACACAGAGACAGGCAGACAGAGAGAGAGAGAGAGAGAGAGAGAGAGAGAGAGAGAGAGAGAGGACAGAGUGAUAAGCAAGAGGGUGGUAAGAGUUAAAGUGUAAUAAGCUGCAUAAGUGAAGCCAAACCCGUGCUUUGGGGACCUAAGAGCAGAAAGCAGGGAGUGCCUCUCCAUCUUGCUGGAAAAAUUCACUUGCUGAGUGCAAUCCCACCAGCCAAUCACUGCCAGUGUGAUGUUCCUUAACUGUUGCUCUGCUUCUGUGGGAAGUCAGAGCUGUAGCUUUUAAUGAAGACAGCCCAAUCCCCAGAGGCUAAAGAUCAUGCCAUCAUUUUGUUCUCAUGUAUAUUAAAGCUCUGUGAGCCUUCAGUAAAUAUUAAGCAGCAGCAGGACGUCCCUCCUGCCUCACAGCCUUGAGCUGAGGCUGGGAGACCGUUUCAUCCGGCCUCCAGCCCGUCUGCUUCUUAGAAUCUCCAGAAAAACCUCUCUGCGGUUCGGGCGACUGUCUUCCUAGAUAAGAAGUGGACCCAAGGAGGACGGGAGGGUGGCUUCAGGGUCCACACUCAUGAGAACUGACACCAGUCUGUAGGUUACUGCCAGGAGACCAGCAACUAGAAACAGACUCCCAGGACACUGCAUGGAGAGACUGGAUUCCUAAAGCAACAGGCAGAGGAGAACAACUGGACCACUUGGGUUGCCUCCAAGACCUGCGGAGGAGCCAUGGGGGUGUUGAUGUCCAAGCGGCAGACAGUAGAGCAGGUGCAGAAGGUGAGCCUGGCUGUGUCAGCCUUCAAGGAUGGGCUACGGGACAGGCCUUCCGUUAGACGUGGGGGUGAGCUACCAGGGUCCCGCCGUGGCACUGUGGAGGGCUCUGUUCAGCAAGUACAGGAGGAGAAGGAAGCGGAGGCAAGUGCCCCCGGGGUCCAGGAAGAGAGCAGCAGCAACCGUGCAGCCUGGGAGCGGCUCCGAGAUGGGCGUGGAGUUGAGCCUGAGGAGUUUGACAGGACCAGUCGAUUCACGCCCCCUGCCUUCAUCCGCCCCACCCGGAAGCUGGACGAUGACAAACCUCCAGAUAUCUGCUUGGAACCCCGGGAGUCUGUUGUCAACGACGAGAUGUGUGAUAUCUGUGAAGUCUGGACCGCUGAAAGCCUCUUCCCGUGCAGAGUCUGCACCAGGGUUUUCCACGAUGGCUGCCUGCGCCGCAUGGGCUACCUCCAAGGGGACAGUGCCGUGGAGGUGACCGAGAUGGCCCACACCGAGACAGGCUGGAGCUGCUACUACUGUGACAACCUCAACCUGCUGCUUACUGAGGAGGAGAUGUACAGCCUCACGGAGACCUUUCAGCGGUGCAAAGUCAUCCCUGAUUGCUCCCUGACACUGGAGGACUUUGUGCGCUACCGACACCAGGCGGCAAAGCGAGGAGACAGCACCAGGGCCCUGAGCGAUGAGCAAGAGGAGCAGGCGGCCCGCCAGUUUGCAGCCUUGGACCCUGAACACCGGGGCCACGUAGAGUGGCCCGACUUCUUGUCCCACGAGUCCCUUCUGUUGCUGCAGCAGCUGCGUCCCCAGAACUCUCUACUGAGGCUUCUCACCGUCAAGGAGAGGGAGCGAGCUCGAGCCACCUUCCUGGCACGGGGCAGAGGGAGCACCAUCAGCGAAGCAGAGUGCCACCAAGCCCGACACUCUUGGUUCUGCAAGCGCCUUGCAGAGGCUCCUUCCUGCAGCGUCAGCAUCAGCCAUGUGGGUCCUAUAGCAGACAGCAGCCCGGCCGGCAGCAGUAGCCAGAGUCAGGAGAAGGCCCUGCUGCCCACAGAGCAGGAGUCCAGAUUUGUGGAUUGGCCCACCUUCCUGAGAGAGAAUGUCAUCUACAUCUUGGCUGCUCGUCCUAACAGUGGAGCGAUUCACCUGAAGCCCCCAGGAUAGGUGGGACAGAGAAGCUCAGUUCUGGGACGGUGGCAUCCUCUCUCUCCUUUCCUUUCUUUUUCCUUUACCAACCUCUGGCACUGAGACUCAUGGGAAUGGGACACUGCCAACAUCUUAAUUUGUUAUUAAGCUUUAUGGCACGGAAGCCACCGUUCCCCUCACAACAGAGGCAGUAUGUGUGUUGCCACACUGAGAAGCCCUGAGAGCCGUGGCAUUACCUGCUACUGGACCACCUCCUGCCCUCACGUCAUAAAACUACCUGCCACCUCAUGCAUACAUAUGUGCACAUGCACAUACAGCCACAUACAUGCCUAGAUAGCCAUGCCUUCAAACUCCUGGUUCUUUCUUUGAUGAAAAAGGACCAAAACCCCUGUGUUGAGCUCCCCUGGUAUAGAUAAGAGGGUCUCUUCUCACUCCUUUCACUGGCCAGUUCUGAUUCCCAGGAGAAAGAAGGGGACAGAUUAAAUUCACUUCCCCUCCAGGAGACGCUGAGAGGCCCAAUGCCCACAUGGAAACCCCCUUCAGUGAUGACCACUGUUACUCGUAAGUGUCUGUAUGUCCCUCAGGCGUGCCGUAGUGGGAGAACAGUUCAAAGCCAUCCCAAAGAGUUUGUGUUUAAAUUCUGAGUCCUCGUGAUAGAGAAGGAAACUAGCUUGUGCAUUUCUGCCUGGAGAAAGUGGAGACAGUCUCUCCCAGAGUCCCAGGAUUCUAGGAACUUUUCAACCAGCUCGCAACUUCACAAGUCCUUAGCAGAACAGGAAAGCCAAGGUGAGACACCUGUCCUAUUUGUCAAGUGGUAUCACAUGGUCCGAAGCUCUAGGGACCCAUGAGGAACAGAUCCACUGGCAGGAAUGGCUCUGUGUGAGAUGCUGUAGCCUAGGUGGCGGCCUUGGAGGCCAAUGAGGAUGCAGAGAAGAAAAGCAAGCUGGGUCUUCCCUGCUUUUCAGCCCAACGCAACCCCAGACAUAGAAAUAUGGCAUUACAUGGAGGGCAAGUCAGCCUCUCACAGAGCUCAGAGGAGCUCUGCAGAAUGCCUGCGCAGUUGUGCUUUUUCAGAAGGGACAACAAAGGCUUGAGAAGAUUUGUACCUCAACUGUCAAGAAGUCAGCGUCAGAAGGGGGACAGUGUGUUCUUCUCCUGUUGCCCCGGUUGAGUUGCUGCUUCUCCCUGCUGCUCACGCCAAGUCUUCCCCUCUGUGCUAGGAGAUGGAGCUAGCCUGAGAGGACCUUGUGGACACUCGGAGAGUGCCAUGAGUGUAACAAGCUUGCCCUACAAGCUUUGCUCCACCCCAUCCACCCAGUUCUGAAGCUCUCAAGUCAGUCCAUGGCGUGGGUCAGCCCUAAGACCUAGGGCCCCAGGUUCUGGAUCUCUAUACUGUCAACCACAUGACUUAGGGAUGGCCAGUUCUGACAACUAGCCCUUCAAGAGAGAACUGAGGCAAGUCACGCAGAAAGAGGCUCGAACUGUCUGCAUGGCUGAAAACACGUGUGCUAAAGUGGAUGGUUACGAGAGCUCGGUGCCGAGAGGCUCAGAUGCCAUGGGCAUCUCCAGACAAGCCUUGCUAAGAGCCCUGCAUGCUCUCCUUCUAUGGGACCUGCCUGACCUAGAAACAGGGUGGUAUAUGGCUAGAGUCAGAAUGUAUGGACUGAAACGGAGCAGACGGGAUACAUGCGGGUUUGUUUUUGAAACCUAUGGCUUUAAAAAACUAUUACUUAAAAGCUGGGCGCAGUGGUGCAUACCCUUAAUCCCAGCACUUGAGGGACAGAGGCAGGUGGAUCUCUGUGAGUUGAAGGCCAGACUAGUCUGAAUAGCAAGUUCUAGGCCAGCCAGGAUUACACAAGUAAGACUUAGUCUCAAAGACAACAGUGAAAACGACUCGGCCGUGUUCCCAGGACUGAUCAGUGAGGUGGCCCGUUAUUGAAUCGAGUUGAAGACAAAGCACAAACUUGCUGGGUUCAAGGACUGCAUCUGUAGCAGCCAGCCCUGGGGUUUUCCAUUGAGAAGAUUAAAGCAUGUUAAAUUCAGGGGCUCUUGCUCAUUCUCCCGAUGAGUCAGCGCUCUCUCUCUCUCUCUCUCUCUCUCUUUCUCUCUCUCUCUCUCUCUCUCUCUCUCUCUCUCUCUCUCUCUGUGACUGUGGACUGCUGAACUGCACAAGACACUUUGAACAGAGAUAAUUCAUCUCUGGGCCUUGGACAGUGUUUUUCCGCCACUCCCCAGCUGUGGACACUGGGAGCCCAUCUCUUGCUCCAUGGUCCUUUACAGACCAAGACGAUGCUUACCAUUUUGGACCAGCCGUUUCUUUCUCCUUUACAGUUGAAUGGCAGAAGAGCACAGGCUGAAUCAGACUGUGCAGAGCUAGCCCCACAGCUCAUCCUCAGAACCAGGUCUGUCCAGGAUGGCACAGGACAGCCGACCUCUCCUCCAUAAGCAUCCAGUGUUGCUCAAAGGGAGGACCCACUGCUCCCUAGUCUGUUGAUACAGAAGCCCGCCCCAGCGCAGUGUCCACAAUCUCUCUUGGAUGCGGCCUCCCCGGAGAGCCCCCUGCAGUGUUUAUAGAGGUACACUUUCAUCAACCUAGUGAGACUCGUUCUCUUUCCAAGCCUUUCUAUCACUGUGACUGUCUGAAAUUCUGCCAAGUGUAAAAUUAAUGGCUCUGAUGAGGGUCUGAGAAAUGUUUCAGUCUUUCCCAUUUCGGCCACCAAAAGUUAAGCUCAAUGCUUUUCCUAUCCUGAGCUCUAACCAAGGGAGGCUUGGGUUACAUACAUGCUUCUCUGAAGACCACUUUCUCCAAGCCUGGUUUUCACCCAGAAACUCUCUUCCCAAUAUUCAGAUUAAAUAAGGGAAUGUCAGGAUGCCACAGCAGAGCUGCAGGGACAGAGUUGCUGAGAGUGGCUCAGCUCCGCGUAACCUCUCCAGGUCUGUCCCUUGGCCUCCUUCCCCAGCAAAACAUUUGAUCUGUGGUCCCUAUGGUAUCCCAGGGAUGAAGCAGUCUCCUCACUCCUAGGUACUGAUUCAACUCAAGUGCUCUUCCUUUGAGGAAAGCUGCAGCAGAAGCCAUGGAUACGUUGCCUCUUUCUACCCCCAGCCCAAGCAAUGGGCUGGCAGGGUAAAUACUUGCCUUUCUGGCCCUAGUGCUUCCUGUGGGAGGCCAUCUGGACCUUGUUUAAGUGGCCAAGCCGUGGAGUUCCCCCAUUCCUAUCACCAAGACAGAAAGCACAGAAUUCAACUGCCUGAGAUGAGGGCACUCCACUGGGAAGUGAGUGCCAGGGUUGUCCCAUGCCUUAGCCCAAAGCACAAUAGUCAUUGCAGGCAUCAUGGCUUCCAGAAGUUCAUAAAACAGUAAGGCUAGGAGAAACUGUCUCGUAGGGGCCAUCCAGCCAUGACUACCCCAGAGCCAAAGUAAGCAACCUUGAGGCACAAAACUUGAACUGGCAGCCAGCUCUGGCAUUCCAUGUCUCCUUCCAACCAACAAAGUAAAGACACAUACUCUGUAUGCAUGUGCAUACAGAGAGACACAAGUGUACAGGGUCAUUCGUGGCCCAGAGCAUGGAAAAGAGGAGCAGGUCUUGUCUGGACCAGUGAUCAAGAGACCCAUUUCUAUUCUGGAAACCCAUUCCGAGAACUGUGUCACUAGGCGAUGUCAUCUUAGUGCAAAGAGUGCUCUUGCACAAACCAAACAGCUACCACAUGAGUAGGCAAUAUUAUUUACGGGACCACCAUUGUACAUGUCAUCUGUUGUUGGUUGAAAUGUCACUAGGUGGCACAUGACUAUUCUGUACUUGGCACUGAGAGGCAAAACAACCUUGAUGCUGAAUUUUCAGACCAUCCUGGCAGGACCUGUAACCAGGGCCCCUUUCUAACCUGCCAUUUACAGUGGGGCCAGAUCUCCUCGUUCUUCUUGUCAUCUGGGUUUCUCUUGCUCACUGUCUCUCUCGUGUCCUGGCUGCAGCCCAGACAACGGAGAUCUUAAGUGGGCAUGAUCAGUAUAUGGCCUGGUCCCACAGCUCAGCUCUGGAAAAUGGUGGAGCCAAGCACCACUCCUGCUGCUGCUUGCCUAUUGCCACUGUUUUUGGCAACCCUGUAAAGAAAAGGAUAGGCUACACAGAAUUCCCAUUAGAUCAACACUAAAGAAAAAUGGCUCCCCUCUGGGAUGCAUGCCCCAGUGGCUCAGAGCAUGGCGACACGGGGUUAGGUCUGGUCUAGAUGGAUAACUAAAGCCCAUUCCAUUCUACUUUGGAAUAGAAAGGGCUGCCCUUUCUAUGUCAACAAUCAGCAAAGGCCUUCAAGUUUAGCCUCUAAGCAUUAAGGGAUAUCCAUGGUUUGUUUCCAGCCAAACAGACUGGGAAGGAGACUCAGAGCCCUUCAGUAACCGAGGAUCCAAGGCCCUCUGGCUCCUCGUGUCCUUCCCAUGCACCUUUUCUGCUGAAGGUGACUUGGCAGUAAUUGGAGGGGACCAACCCCAAGCCCUGUCUUCCUGUCUACAGCUGCAUGAUUCUCCCUGUGACCCAGCCUUUGCAGUACUCCAGGCGGAGGCUGGGCACUGCGGAAACCAUAAUAAACAGAUUGCGGUGUUGUUUC